GCCACGUCUCCGUCGCGUGUCGCCUGCCUCCCCCUCGAAGAAGUUUCAAGACUGAAACUUGAUCGGAGCAACCCUCCCGGACCAAGCCUUUGUUGGUCCGACUCGCAAGUCAAAGCAGCGACGGUUCCAACCAUCGAGCGUUUCGACGCAGCACGGUGAACCCGUCAGGUUGUGAUCCAGAGAUGACGAUGAAGCACCGGAUUAGCGGAUUUGGGAAGGCGUAGCUCCUCCAUGCGCGCGGAAUGUUGUCGUGUCUCGCUGUCAAACCCUCUCCAUCUGCACGACCCAAUUCGCAUCCGGAGCAGGUCCUCGAUACCCAUCCACCGCCUUCGCUGGGGACUUCGCCAGGCGGGACGUCAAGAUCGAGCCAGGCGGUCUCGCCCACUUUCGAUCUCAGCCGGGAGUACACCCUCGCUCUUCAGACCAGUUCCUAUGGCGAGAUUCGCUCCACGAUUUGCGUUCUUGAAUGCAGCCAGGGCGAGCGGGAACCGCAUUUUCAAGAGCAAGAUUGUGGCGAGUCGACCCAGGAGCAGGUGCUGCAUCGCGUUCUGCAACCGAAUAGGGAAUGCGUGGGGGAGGCACUCAGGCACGCCAAGCACAACGCGCUUACCCGAUUAGUCUCUUCAUACUUCGACCACAGCGAGAACACGUCCAACCUCUGCCUUUUGCUUUACCAAAGCGUGCACCGCGCCCGCGACAUGUACUCUCCUCUUGUCGAGCUCCUCGCAGUGAUUCCUCUAGAUGCGGAUUCAUUUACUCAAUCACAGUGCAACAGGGUUUAUGAACUCUUUGUCCAAUUCGACUGCUAUGACAACCCCUUCCCUUCCCCUGACUCCGAUAACUUCAGCACAAUGCGUAGCUGCUUUUCAGAGCUAUGUCAACAGCUGGACCAUAGACUACAGAAGUCCAAAUCAAGAGUUAAAUUUGUUCGCCAUGCCAUUACAGGGUCUGCGCUUUGUCUCUUGGGCACCGUAGUUGCUGCUGUUGCGUGCGCCAUUGGUGUCACGGCCCAUGCACUCAUUGCAUUUGUUAGUGCUCCAUGCUUGACGGUGUAUUUUCCACACGACAAGUUCUCAAAGAAAGAGCUUGCCCAUUCUGCUCAACUUGAUGCUGCUGCCAAAGGUACUUAUGUUCUCAACAAUGACUUGGACACUAUUGAUGGUCUUGUCAAACGUUUGUAUGCUGCUGUAGAGGAUGACAAACUAUUGAUCCGGAUUGGAUUGGAGAGUGGCACGGAUAAAAAUUCCAUACUAGAGGUGGUGAAAGAGCUUCGCAAGAACCACGCUAAGUUCCUUGAUGGACUAAAGGAUCUCGAUGAUCAUAUAUGCCUAUGCUUCAACAUGGUCAACAAGGCCAGAAAACUUCUCCUCGAAGAGAUUUCCUUCCAUAGUUCUAUUGCUUCCUGACCAUUUACUUACAUGAUAUGAGCAAUUACUAAUUGGAUUGUUCCCUCUGGUUUGAUUGGGAAAAGUAGUCUGCCUGCUGACAGCUGAUAGUUGCUAACAUACAGAAGUAAUAGCGGGAUGUCACAGUAUUGUUAGUGUAUUUGCACCUCUAUAUGUGCCAAAUUUUUGUUACUUGGUGAUUGGAGGCGUUUCUUAGUCAUUGCUGGAGCGAGGGAUUCUCAGAUUUAUCUUGAGUUGUAUAUAGUGCUGAUAAUUUAGAUGUUGAUUACAGCUUUGCAAGACUGCUAUUGGCUAUUGUAGUUGUAUUAGAAUCAUGUUUUAGAAGCAAUGCAUUAGAAUCUUAUCUGUUCUUAUGAAUCAAUUAAUGCACGAUUCUUAUAUUUUUUACCA